AGAAUAUAAAACCGUGAAGAAAAGCGGCGAUUUUUAAGAAGACGUCAUGCUUUCUGCAACUCCCCUGUAUGGCAACGUUCAUAGCUGGAUGAGCAAUGAAAGGGUCCGCAUGUGUGGAAUUAAUGAAGACAGGAAAAUUCCCGUUAACGAUGGCGAUGCACCAAAAAGCAGACUGGAGUUGAGGGAAGAAAAUCACCUGAAUCACAGUGUGGUGGAUGCGACUACAGCACAUCGCAUUGACAGUCUCGCAGCUCUGAGUAUGGACAGGUCUGGACUCAUGCGAGAAGGACUCAGAGUCCCCAGUAGUAUUGUCUAUUCCAGCUUGUGCGGACUCGGCUCGGAAAAAUCACGAGAUGCUACGAGUUCGAUAGCCGGGCUUGGAUUUACUCCUGAAAGAAAUCCAGAGAUACAGUUUAAAUCUAAUCCCCCCGAAGCGGUAGAAAACGCAGCUGUCUCUGGAAAAGCCCCGAAUGGCUUCAGCGCUAUAUACAAAACGCCACCUGGAAUACAAAAAAACUCUGUCCCGACGGGGGAAACGCUGGGUUUGGACCGAGCUGCGGGUGACAAGCAGAGUCCCCUCGGUGUCAAUGGUGCUAGUUACCUAAGGCUCCCCUGGGUAAACCCCUAUAUGGAGGGCGCAACGCCCACCAUAUACCCUUUCCUUGACUCACCAAAUAAGUAUUCGUUGAACAUGUACAAGGCAUUGCUACCUCAGCAGUCCACCUACAGCUUACCGCAGCACCUGGCUUACUCGCCCGUAUGUACGAACGGUGAACGUUUUUUAUACCUGCCUCCCUCCCACUACGUUGCCCCCCACAUCCCUUCGUCACUGGCAUCACCCAUGAGGCUCUCGACUGCUUCGGCUUCACCGGCCAUCCCGCCUUUGGUGCACUGUCCGGAUAAGAGCUUGUCGUGGAAGAUGGGCGUCAGCCCCGGCACCCCCGUCGACGCGCACGCCCGCUCGCCCCGGCCGUCCCCCCGCCUCCCCCUGCCCGCCCAGGUCGGGGACGCCUACGCCGACUUCCACAAACACUUCCCCAGGAUCACCACCUCUCCCUCCUCUGCCGUUACCCUCCCAAAGCCCUACGUGAACGUCGGCGGCGAAUUUCCACCCUCCCGCCUCUCCAACGGGAAGCUUCCCAAAGGCAGCGAUGCCGGGGAGGCACCCCCGCCGGCCGCCCCCCAUGCGAGGAAAGCUGGCCACGACCGGAAAGACGGCAGGUCCCCCCCGCUCCUGGAAAAACAGACCCCGACCAAAGACGUCACCGACAAACCCCUGGACUUGUCGGCGAAAGUCGUCGACGCGGAGACUGCCAGCAAGUCAGACCACGGUAAGAAAAUGACGCCAACGGUGCUGGUGCACGGCAGGGCGGGAGGGGGGACGCACUUGCCCAGCAGCGACAUCGUUCAGAAAGAAACCAUUUCUCCCGGCAACGGCUGCCCCAUCUACAGACCUGAAAUUAUCAGCACGGCACCUUCCUCCUGGAUCGUUCCCGGUCCCAGCCCUGGUGAGGAGAGCGAGACCGCCCAGCUGAAAAACAAGGCGCUGGACUGGGUGAUCCCGCAGCAGCGGAGCUCCUCCUGCCCCAGGAUGGGCGGCACGGAGGCAGUCGUCGGCAGUGUUUCGGGGACGGUGUCGGCCGGGGGGCGGCCGGCGUCAGCGUCGCCAGCUCCCAACGCCAACGUGGAUUGCGCCAAGAUGGCCAGGAGCUCUGCAGAGAGCACCGCCUCGGUCAUACAGCACGUCGGGCAGCCAGUCGCCACCCCCGCAAAACACAGCAAUAAGGUGGCCAAAUCCUGCAGCCAGGAAGCCAACUUCAAGGCGAGCGAGACCGCCCUGGCCUCCAGCCCCAUCUUCCUGCCGCCCAACGAGGCGUUUCGCUCCCCGCCUCUGCCCUACCCCAGGAGUUACCUCCCGUACCCGGUGCCGGAGGGGAUAGCCAUCAGCCCUCUCUCCCUCCACGGGAAAGGACACGUGUAUCCGCACCCUGUCUUGCUGCCCAACGGCAGCCUCUACCCCGGUCACCUGGCUCCCAAACCCGGCCUCCCCUACAGCCUGCCGGCGGGGCGGGGGGAAUUCAUGACCUACCAGGAUGCGCUGGGGAUGGGGAUGGUGCACCCCAUGCUGCUGCAGCAUUCGGCUUUGGAGAUCAAUAAGGAGGAGAAGGCGGAAAGGAGGUCGCGGUCUCACGAGAGGGUCCGCUAUGAGGACCCGGCUCUGCGGGGUCGGUUGCCAGAGCUCCUGGAGAACAGCGGGAAGAUGCAUUUCGAAGUACCCGGCGACAAGAGCGUGAAAUUGCACCAGAGCUCCAGCCACGGUAAAAUCUCGGCCAAAAGCGACAAACACCUCUUCCCGGAUCUUCUGCGAGACGAGCAAGAGGUUAAAAGUGAAGCAAACGUAACGAAAGCCGGCUUUGCUACGGAAAGCAGUAAUCAGGCUAAUGACCCUACAAAGCACAAGGUAGAGCAGGCGUCGCAGCACAGAGAUUUUAUUGUAAUGAGAGAGGAGUUUGGAAGAAAUAAUGAUCUUCAUGAAACCUAUAAUUUCAAGCAAGCCCAGAGUUCAUCAGUGUUCGGCUUGAGGAAAGAAGAUUUAUCUGUGAGCCAGCCUAAAGAGAGAGUGACGGUCCAGCCUUCACCCGCUUUCUUGGAAAGCGCUCACGAGAGCGAUGCUCCAGCUCUGGCUUUUGGCAAAGUGCAGGAGGACGCGAAGCCAUUCUGCAUGGGGACCGCGCCACCGAGCAUGGACGCCAGCCAGACCUAUACCAAAGACGGAGCCGACGACGCAGAAUCUGCCGAUGGCAAAAUAUUGAAACCCAAGCCGUCUAAGUUGGCCAAGAGGAUCGCAAACUCUGCCGGUUACGUAGGUGAUCGAUUCAAGUGUGUGACGACCGAACUGUACGCAGACUCCAGCCAGCUCAGCCGGGAGCAGCGGGCGUUGCAGAUGGAAGGAUUACAAGAGGACAGUAUUUUAUGUCUACCUGCUGCUUACUGUGAGCGUGCAAUGAUGCGCUUCUCAGAGUUGGAGAUGAAAGAGAGAGAAGGCCAAACAGCUACCAAAGACUCAGAGGUCUGCAGAUUCAGCCAGGCAGACUGGGAAAACUUGAAAGGAAACAGUGAAAAGAAGCCAAAGUCUGUCGCUCUGGAAGAUGCCAUUGCUGACCAAAAUGACAAUGACAGAUGUAACUUUACUAGUACAGAAAACAACCAAGGUCACUUUCUUGAAACUCCAGAGGAAAAAGAUCUCUCAAAUGAGAAAUGUUAUUUAGAGAGGCAUUCUAUAUAUGAAAAAGCGGAAGACCAGCCAACAGAAGAUAUUGGCCAACAUCCAUGUCCCCGUCUGGACAGGAAGCGUAAACACUCUGGUGAGAGAGUGCAAAAUGAUGGCAGCCAAAAUGAAAACUUUGUGGAUGAGCUGCAGGAUGAGCUUAUAUCAAAAGCAAAAAAGAAGAAGAACUCCAAAGAUGACUGGCCUGAGAGGGAAAUGACAAACAAUUCCUCUAACCACUUAGAAGAGCCCAAUUGUAAUGAGGUGACCAACCUGAAGGUGUGCAUUGAAUUAACAGGGCUCCAUCCCAAAAAGCAGCGUCACCUGCAGCAUCUUAGGGAACUAUGGGAGCAGCAGGUGUCACCAGAGAGAUCCCCGUCCGGCAAGUUGGGCCGGCAAAGCAGGAAAGAUUUAGCUGAGGCUGUUCAGCCAGAGGCCACUGCAAAGGUCAAAGACUUCACAGAAGAAAGGCACACCAAGAAAAGGUCAGAGGCCAAAAGCAAUAGAAGUUGGUCUGAAGAGUCCCUCAAAACAAGUGACAAUGAACAAGGCUUGCCCGUAUUCCCAGUGUCUCCGCACAUGAAGAGCCUUUCAUCCACCAAUGCAAACAGCAAAAGGCAGGCUCAGCCAAGCUGUACUCCAGCCUCGAGGUUGGCUGCCAAACAGCAGAAAAUUAAAGAAAGCCGGAAGACAGAUGGGCUGUACACAGACGAAGAGGAGGAUUUCCAACAUGCAUCUCUGCUGCAGAAAUACAGCGAGUGUGAGAAGCCAUCAGGGAAACGUCAGUGUAAAACAAAACACUUGGCACUGCAGGAGAGGAGAAGGAGGUCAUCUCUGACAGGGGAUGACACCACAGAUAUCGAAAAUGCUGAAGAUAAGGUCACGAUAACGAGGAAAGUCAGGAAGCGACCAGAGCCUGCUUCAGACUGCGACUCCUCGCCAGCCAAGUCGUACGAGCAGAAGCUGUACGAUCGCCUGCAGCAGACUCCCUCAUUGCUACCCGUCUCGCAGCCCUCGCAGCUGCCGAUCGCAAGCCCCCCUCAGGAGACCACCCCGAGCCGGCCCAUGCCGCCCGAAGCACGGAGGCUUAUUGUCAAUAAGAACGCGGGGGAGACGCUGCUGCAGCGGGCGGCACGCCUGGGGUAUGAGGAAGUGGUUCUGUACUGUCUGGAAAACAAGGUGUGUGAUGUGAAUCAUCGUGACAACGCGGGUUACUGCGCCCUGCACGAGGCCUGUGCCAGGGGCUGGCUGAGCAUCGUGCGGCAUCUCCUCGAGUACGGGGCUGACGUCAACUGCAGCGCUCAGGAUGGAACCAGACCAAUCCAUGAUGCGGUCGAAAACGAUCACUUGGAAAUUGUCCGCCUGUUACUGUCUUACGGUGCUGAUCCAACGCUUGCGACCUACUCUGGGAGGACCAUCGUGAAAAUGACCCACAGCGAGCUCAUGGAGACCUUCCUCACAGAGUAUUUAACUGACCUGCAAGGUCGAAGUGUUGAUGACCCUGGUUUGUACUGGGAUUUCUAUGGCAGCUCUGUGUGCGAUCCAAAAGAUGAAUCUGGAUUUGACAUCUUGGCAAAUCCGCCCGGCCCAGGUGAUGAAGAUGAAGAUGGCUUUAGCGAUGUGUUCGAAUUUGAAUUUUCGGAUGAGCCUCCCUUGCCGUGUUACAACAUUCAAGUGUGUCUCUCUCAGGGACCACGAAACUGGCUUUUGCUCUCGGACGUGGUGAAGAGGCUAAAAAUGUCAUCUCGCAUCUUCCGCUGCAACUUCCCCAGUCUGGAAGUUGUGACCAUCACGGAGGCAGAGUUUUACAAACAGACUUCCCUCAGCCAGUUGUUCUCUUGCGCUACGGACCUUGAAGCUUUUAACCCGGAGAGCAAAGAGCUGUUGGACUUGGUAGAGUUUACAAGCGAACUCAAGACUUUGCUCGGCUCCUCGCUUCACUGGUUGCAUCCGCACGAGGACCCUCCCUUCGACAUCCUCUGGUGAACCAUCAGGCCAUUUAAUGUACAGUACUCUAUACAGUUACUUCUUUAUGUAUAUGUGUUCAAAUGCAAUUGUUUCUGUAAAGAAAGGACACUAUUAAAUAUGAAAAUAUCUUUCCUUUAUAUAAGAGAUCUGAAUUCCAGUUGGAUGGAUUUUGGAAGAAUUUUUUUUUAACUUCAAUCAGUUUUUACAAAAUUGUUAUAUAAUGUUUCUUUAAAUGCACACAGGCUUUGGGAUAAGUUUGUUAUUACUCGGAACACAUUUUUUUUUUUAAAGAACACACCCACACAUUGACUUUGUUUCAUACAAAGCACUGAUUACACAGAACAUACUUUUUCUAGGUGAUGUGAUCAAAGUCGUGUGGCUUGUUUGGGAGACAGAAUUCAGUAAGGCACUUGGUGAUAUUAUUUUUGUUUUUUUGUUUACAGAAUUACCUGCUUUGGCCAGGUAAGCACUAUUGAAUAUAAUUCAAUAGUUUGUAAUAUAAAUUAAACCAUAUCCAUACGCAUCAACUAAUUGUAAGAACUUUUAUAUCCUAAUUUAAAAGCUGUGAAAUUUAGUUUUCACACAUCAAACCGGAUUGUUUAUAUAUGUUUAAACAUUUUAUGCUCUUUAUUUAAAGAAGACUUUGAACUAUUUUUUCUGUACCUUGUAAAAUAUUGAAAAACUAACAUAUGUUGAAGUUGCUUGAAACUGUACAUAAACUAAAUUUUCUGAAUUGUGUGUUUAUGUUUGAGAUCUGUGUUUUAACUUUGUAAGUAAAUCUCCUGCCUUUGUAUUUAUAUUUUACAAAAAUUUUCUUAAAGGCAAUAAAACUGUUGAGAAAUGAAG